GGAAUGGACAACCACCUGGACACAGCUCCUCUGAAGCGAGGGGGCCGCUGCCCUGCUCUCCGCAAGCUGGUCCCCGUCGGCUUUAGGGCUGAGGCAUGGAAGCUCUUUGUCCUGUCUGGACCCCUGUUCCUGUUCCAGAUGCUGUCCUUCAUGAUCUAUGUCGUGAGCUCGGUGUUCUGUGGCCACCUGGGCAAAGUGGAGCUGGCAUCGGUGACCCUCUCAGUGGCCUUUGUCAAUGUCUGUGGAGUUUCCAUAGGAUUUGGCUUUUCCUCAGCAUGUGACACCUUGAUGUCCCAGAGCUUCGGCAGCCCCAACAAGAAGCACGUGGGGGUCAUCCUGCAGAGGGGCGCACUGCUCCUGCUGCUCUGCUGCUUCCCCUGCUGGGCGCUCUUCCUCAACACCCAGCACAUCCUGCUGCUCUUCAGGCAGGACCCGGACGUGUCCAGGCUAACCCACGAAUACGUGCUGAUUUUCAUGCCAGCACUUCCGGUGAUUUUUCUUUACAGCCUGCUGGCAAAAUAUUUGCAAAAUCAGGGGAUCAUCUGGCCCCAAGUCCUCAGCGGCGUUGUGGGCAACUGCAUCAACGCCUUGGCCAACUACAUCCUGGUUUCCAUGUUGAGCCUCGGGGUCAGGGGCUCUGCUUACGCCAACACCAUCUCCCAGUUCGUGCAGACCAUCUUCCUCCUUCUGCACAUCAUGGUGAGAAAGCUGCAUCUGGAGACGUGGGCAGGCUGGUCCAUCCAGUGCCUGCAGGACUGGGGCCCCUUCUUCUCCUUGGCCCUCCCCAGCAUGCUCAUGAUGUGCAUUGAGUGGUGGGCCUACGAGAUCUGGAGCUUCCUCAUGGGUCUGGUCAGCAUGCUGGACCUCUCCGCCCAGGCCAUCAUCUACGAGGUGUCUACAGUAACCUACAUGGUUCCCAUGGGACUCAGCAUCUCUGUCUGUGUCCGAGUAGGGACGUCCCUGGGAGCUGCAGACACCGUGCAAGCUAAGCGAUGGGCCAUCUCCGGCGUGCUCUGCACAGUUGGCACCUCGCUGGUCAUCGGCACCCUGCUGAGCCUCCUGAGAAAUAAACUGGGUUAUAUUUUUACCAAUGAUGAGGAAGUCGUGGCCCUGGUGAGCAAGGCCAUGCCCAUCUACGUCGCCUUCCAGCUGUUCGAGGCCGUCUGUUGUGUCUGUGGCGGAGUCCUGAGAGGAACCGGCAGGCAAGCCUUCGGAGCUGUGGUCAACGCAGUCACGUAUUACGUCGUUGGCCUCCCACUGGGCAUCGUCCUGGUCUUUGUGGUCAGAAUAGGAAUCAUGGGCCUCUGGCUGGGCAUGCUGGCCUGUGCCGUGCUGGCAGCCGUUGCCUUUGUUGCCUACACUGCCCGGAUGAACUGGAAGCAAGCUGCGGAGGAGGCUGAGAAGUGCGCAGGUCUGCGGCAGCAGAGCCCCGGGCCCCGGGCAUGUGCCGUCCCCAGCCCCAGGCCCGAGAAGGCCGUCACAGCUUCAGUGGCUAUGAGCAGCUCCCCUGGCAUCACCCUGACAACGUACUCAAGGCCUGAGUGCCAUCUGGACCUCUUCAGGACUCCAGAAGCGGACCACGCCCUUCCAGCUCCUCCCAGCACACUGUCAGGGAAACAGCUGGCCCUCCGUAGAGGGGCGGCUCUGGGGGCGGCAUCAGCCACACUGACAGUGGGACUUGUCAUCAGGAUCCUGACCUCCAGGGCAGCUUGA